CAGAGAUGAGGGGAGCCAGCUUCCAUGUCCACUGCAGAAAUGGGUGCCCGCAGCUCCCUGCUCUGCCUGGCACUCCUGUUAUGUUAUGCAUGUGCUACUCCAGUCUCUAUUGAGCAUCUCUCCAAUGUGCCUGCUGGAGAAGAUGAUGCUGGUGAGAUAAUCAGAGACAUUCCAGACAUAAACUUAGCUGCUGGAUUGGACCUCUUUCAGGGUGAUAUCUUGCUUCCUACAAACCAGCGAAAUGCCUUAAGAAACGACACCUACAGAUGGAAGUUCCCUGUUCCCUAUAUCCUGGGUGAUGACUUAGAUCUGAACGCCAAAGGGGUCAUUCUCCAGGCACUUGAAAUGUUCCGCCUUAAGUCCUGUGUGGAUUUCAAGCCAUAUGAAGGAGAGGCAAGCUACAUAUUCUUCAGAAAAGAAAGCGGGUGUUGGUCCAUGGUGGGGGACCUGAAGAAUGGGCAGAACCUCUCUAUUGGGGCAGGGUGUGACUACAAAGCAAUCGUGGAACACGAGAUCCUGCAUGCUUUGGGGUUCUAUCACGAGCAGUCAAGGAUGGAUCGCGAUGACUACGUGACCAUAUGGUGGGAUGAAAUCCUUACAGGCAGGGAACACAACUUUAACAAGUACGAUGACAGCUACAUCACUGACCUGAACACGCCCUAUGACUACGAGUCAGUGAUGCACUAUGCACCGUUUUCCUUUAACAAAAAUGCGAGCAUCCCCACCAUCACAACAAAGAUCCCAGCAUUCAAUGACAUCAUUGGGCAGCGUCUGGAUUUCAGUGCCAUUGACCUGGAAAGACUUAAUCGCAUGUAUAACUGCACUGCAACUCACACCCUUCUGGAUCAGUGUUCUUUUGAGUAUGAAAAUAUCUGCGGCAUGAUUCAGGGCACCAGAGAUGACUUAGAUUGGGUCCACCAACAGAGCAGUCCUACAGGAGAGAAAGACCACACACUUUCUGGGCGCUGUACAGAUGCUGGCUAUUUCAUGUACUUCAACACCAGCUCUGGAAAUGCAGAAGAGGUGGCAGUCCUGGAGUCUCGAAUCCUGUAUCCCAAGAGGACUCAGCAGUGCCUCCAGUUCUUCUAUAAGAUGUCAGGAAGCUCGUCUGACAAGCUGGUUAUCUGGACUAAGGAAGACGAUGGGACUGGAAAUGUUCGCAAGAUGAGGAAAAUUGAAACCUUUCAGGCGGAUAAUGACCAUGACUGGAAAAUCGCCCACGUUACCCUCAAUGCUCAGAAGAAGUUCCGAUACCUCUUCCAAGGACUAAAGGGCAACCCCAGCUCUUCCUCUGGGGGGAUAAUUAUCGAUGAUAUCACACUGACAGAGACCCCCUGCCCCACGGCUGUGUGGGUCGUUCGGAAUUUCAGUCAGAUUCUUGAAAGUGCAUCAAGCGAUGUCAUUCAGAGCCCUCGGUUUUACAGCCCCGAGGGUUAUGCUUAUGGCAUAAGUUUGCACCCCCAGUCCAGUAGCAGUGGCUACACCCGCGUUGCCUUUCACUUGUGCAGUGGAGAGAAUGAUGCUGUCCUAGAGUGGCCAGCUCUGCACCGCCAAGCCAUGCUCACAGUGCUCGACCAGGACCCUGACGUGCUGAAGAGGAUGUCUGCCAGCAGAAGCUUCACCACAAGCAGAGACCAGAGUGUAAAUGGAACUUUAAUAUGGGAGAGACCAUCAAUUACUGGAAGCUUUGAUGCCUCAUGCAAUUGCUAUAGGACGACAGCCUGGGGGUGGAACAACUUCAUAUCCCACAGCCAGCUGAGACAAAGAAGCUUUCUGAAAAAUGAUGACCUGAUCAUUUUUGCAGAAUUCCACGACCUAAUUCACCUCAAUAACACUGAAGUCCCUGUUGUGUCCGAGCAAUUUGCUGUCGCAGAGGGCCACACUUUUGAAAGGCAGAAGAGAGCAGCCGAGGAGAUGGAGCCCAUGCAGCGCUGGUUGCCUUAUCUGCAAGACCCGUGUGAUCCAAACCCCUGCCAGAAUGAUGGAGUCUGUGUGAAUGUGAAAGGGAGACCAAGCUGCAGGUGCCCGUCAGGACAAGCCUUCUUCUUCACAGGUGAGAGGUGCCAGUCUAUGCAGGUCCACGGUAACAUCCUGGGAAUGACAGCUGGUGGAAUUGCUGGAACCAUUGUCUUAACUAUCAUCCUCAUUUCCAUGAUGGCUAGAAGAUAAAGAAAUGCAGAGGGAUAAAUGCCAGUCUGGUGUUUUUUCUGUGGUUCACCAGACAUCAGUUUUCAGUGAAAAAUGACAAAUACAACUUGUAGCAGACCAGCCAGCAUCUGGAUGUUGAAAUGCUCUACCAAGAUCUCGGCAGCUAUCCAUUUAUUUCAUAGGAUUUGGCAGUUCAAGUUCAUUACAUGAACUGCUGCCUAAUAAAAGCUCAUAUCCUGCC